CUUGGCCCUUUAAACCCGAGGGGGAGGAUCCGGAAGUGGAUGGGCGGGGCAAGAGGCCCUGCUAUAUAAGAGGGCCCCAACCGCGCGGGGUCUCCAAUCUGCCAUUUUCUGUCCCCGAGUGAGUCUUCGCUGCCGUGAGUCCGCUGCUGUCUUCACAGGCAGUAUUCUGCCCACCGGCCCGCCACCUCAGGGGAACGAUGGCCACAGAGUCGACAGCCACUGCUGCCAUCGCCGGGGAGCUGGUUUCCGCUGACAAAAUUGAAGAUGCCCCUGCUCCUUCUACCUCUGCAGAUAAAAUGGAGAGUUUGGAUGUGGAUAGUGAAGCUAAGAAACUAUUGGGAUUAGGACAGAAACAUCUGGUAAUGGGGGACAUUCCAUCGGCGGUUAAUGCAUUCCAGGAAGCAGCUAGUCUUUUAGGCAAGAAGUAUGGAGAAACAGCUAAUGAAUGUGGAGAAGCCUUCUUUUUUUAUGGGAAGUCACUUUUGGAGUUGGCCAGAAUGGAGAAUGGAGUGCUGGGAAAUGCCUUGGAAGGAGUGCAUGUAGAAGAGGAAGAAGAAAAAACAGAAGAUGAAUCUUUGGUUGAAAAUAAUGAUAAUGUAGAUGAGGAAGCAAGGGAAGAGUUGAGAGAACAGGUUUAUGACGCCAUGGGAGAAAAAGAAGCCAAAAAAGCAGAAGGCAAGUCUCUGUCAAAGCCUGAAACUGAUACAGAACAGGAAAGUGAAGUGGAGAAGGGUGGAAGAGAAGAUAUGGAUAUAAGUGAGCCUGCAGAGAAGCUACAGGAAAAAGUUGAAUCAACUUCAAAGCAGUUAACUGAAUCCUCUGGAGAGGCAAAAGAAGCAGCAAUACCAGGACUGAAUGAAGCUGAGGUCACUUCUGGGAAGACAGAACAGGCAUCAUUGUGUGCUGAGGAAGGAAAAUCAAUUUCUGGAGCUUAUGUUCAAAAUAAAGAAUGCAGAGAAACAGUGCCUCAGGAGAAGGAGGGAGAGGAAAUAAUGAGCGUAGAAAAAAAGCCAAAAGAAACUUCAGAAGAUCAGCCUAUUGGGGCUCCAGAAAAGCAGGGCACUGCCAUGAAGGUAGAAGCUGAAACAGUAGAUGCGGCAGUCAAUGUGGGUGUGGACGUGGGUGGGGAGGAACCAAAGGAUCAGGUAGCUUCCUCUGAGAGUGAAGUAGGAACGGCUGUUCUUGAGCAACUGUCAGGGCAAGAUGCAGUGUCACCAGCGGUGGCUGCAGAGGCUGGGUCAGAUGUCUCUGAGAAGCCAGGGCAGGAGAUUACAGUUCUUCUCAACAAUGGUUCAGUUGAUGGACCAUCAGCUGCAGAAGAUCAGACUCCUAGUGAAUCACAGACUUCAGCAGAAAGACUGACAGAGACUAAAGAUGGUUCAAGUGUAGAGGAGGUCAAGGCAGAGCUGGUUCCUGAACAGGAGGAAGCUAUGCUACCUGUAGAAGAGUCUGAGGCAGCUGGAGAUGAGGGUGAGACCAAAGUAGCCCAGAGGGCCACGGAGAAAGCACCUGAAGACAAAUUUAAGAUAGCUGCUAAUGAAGAGACACAAGAGAGAGACGAACAGAUGAAAGAGGGUGAAGAAACUGAAGGCUCAGAGGAAGAAGACAAAGAAAAUGACAAGGCUGAAGAAAACACAAAUGAAUCAGUUCUUGAAAACAAGUCUCUUCAAGAAAACGAAGAGGAGGAGAUUGGGAAUUUAGAGCUUGCCUGGGAUAUGCUGGAUUUAGCAAAGAUCAUUUUUAAAAGGCAAGAAACAAAAGAAGCUCAGCUUUAUGCUGCACAAGCCCAUCUUAAACUUGGAGAAGUUAGUGUUGAAUCUGAGAAUUAUAUCCAAGCUGUGGAGGAGUUCCAGGCUUGUUUAAGCCUCCAGGAACAAUAUUUGGAAGCCCAUGACCGUCUCCUUGCAGAGACUCACUACCAGUUGGGUUUGGCCUACGGUUACAACUCUCAGUAUGAUGAGGCAGUGGCACAGUAUGGCAAAUCUAUUGAAGUCAUUGAGAAGAGAAUGGCUGUACUAAAUGAGCAGAUGAAGGAGGCUGAAGGAUCAUUUACUGAAUAUGAGAAAGAAAUUGAGGAGCUGAAAGAACUGCUACCUGAAAUUAGAGAAAAGAUAGAAGAUGCAAAGGAGUCUCAGCGUAGUGGGAAUGUAGCUGAACUGGCCUUGAAAGCUACUCUGGUAGAGAGUUCCUCUUCAGGUUUCACUGCUAGUGGAGCAGGCACCUCAGUCUCCAUGAUUGCCAAUAGAAAGCCAACAGAUGGUGCUUCCUCGUCAAAUUGUGUGACUGAUAUUUCCCAUCUUGUCAGAAAGAAGAGGAAACCAGAAGAAGAGAGCCCCCGGAAAGAUGAUGCAAAGAAAGCCAAGCAGGAGCCAGAGCUGAAUGGAGGCAGUGGGGAUGCUGUCCCCAGUGGACAGGAAGUUUCAGAAAACAUGGAGGCUGAGGCUGAGAAUCAGGCUAAAAGCCCAGCAGCAGCAGAGGGGACAGUGGAGUCUACAGCUACCGUUGAAGGCACUGCAUGUUAAGAGGGAACAGAACCUUUCUCCCAAGGGAAAGUGGUUUUGUACAUAAUGUAUUUUUUCACUUUUGGGGAUUCUUUUUGUAUAACUUCAAUAAAGAUUGUAGGCAACA